AUUACCAAAAAAUGAAACAAAAAUCAAAAUUAACGUUGUGAAACCAAAACCAAAACCAAAAAAACAGAAAAAAAAUAAAUUGUUUGUUGUGUUUACAUUAAUCACUUUCAAUUAUUGACCAAUCACAAUCUUCACUAAACCAACAAGUGAUUAAAUCUAAAGGUAUAUUCGGUACUUUUUAAUAUUCUCAUCUGGUUAAUUUCCUUCUUUUGUUAACCAUGAGUGUGGCACGAAGACUUGAUCUUAGUAAUUUAUCUCUACCCUUGGCCAAUUCAAGUGUAUCCACGAUCACAACACCGACCUUAACACCAACUACGUUACGUUUAAUUGAUGAUGUUCUUAGUGCUCCUCAUUCAGAACCCAUGGAACAUCAAUAUCAAGCUGGUUUCAUGCCUCCGACCAUCACUCCAUCCAUAACCUCAGACAGUGAUUCUCAAUUUGACAGCGAUGAUCUUUCCAGAGGUGCAUCACCUAAUUUAUCGGCUACACCAGGAAACAAUGGCUCAAGUGGAGUUAAUCUCAAAGAUAAGACUCCUGCUAACGAUGAAGAACGUAAACGGAUCCGAAGGGAGAGAAAUAAACAAGCAGCAGCUCGAUGUAGACAACGUCGAAUUGAAUACACGAACAAAUUGGCUCGAGAAACCGAGGAAUUAGAAAUUGGAAACAAUGAACUUCGACAAACACUUCAAUCUCUCAUUCAGCAAAAGGCUCAGAUCGAGGCCACUCUUAAAACGCAUAGUCAACGAUGUCGACAAUCAACAAUCUCAUCAUAAUACAUUCAAAGAGACACGAAUAUGCUAAAAACAACAACAAUCAAAUAUUUUCUCCUUGAGGUUUUUAUGCCAUUUACACAGAAGCUCAAUUUCAUGAAACAAUAACCAUAACCAUCAUCAUCAUCAACCCUUGUUUUCAUCACUUUUAAUGAACCCUUUUACCGGCCCACACAUCAUGUAACAUGGGAAUCGCUCCAGCCAAAUAACCUCUAACGCAUAUUCAUAUAUUUUUGUGAUUAUCAGCCUUAGAUGGAUGAGAUCACCUAUGCAAAUACAAGACAAACAAAAUAUACUGACUAACAAAGGCAGUAGAUCAAAGGGUGAGAAGAGACAAAAAAGAUAGAAAUUGAAAAUUUUCUAUCAAAUCGACAGAAAAAUAUUCGCCUUGAGAAAACAAAAUAUUUAUUUUCUAUGUACAUAUUACUAUUUUAACGUAAUUACCUCUUUUUCCCCCUUAAAUCUUGUAUCUUUCAUCCAUCAAGGUCAUUCAUUAUUCUCUCUCUCUUUCGUUCAUUUCUUCUCUUGUAUUUUUUUCUCUCUCUCUCUCUCUUUCUCCUUUCCUUCCACCAACAUAAAUAUUUCUUUAAGAUUUUGCUUUGUUGAAAACAUGAAAUUCUUAAACUAAUCAUCAUCUCCACAAUUUUCACACAAUUGCCAAAAUCGCCAAUCUAAUCAAUUUGGUUCUAAAUCGAACCAGAGCCAAACGUCCUUUCGCUCUCUUUUCUCUCCUUCUCCCAUAAUAUUGAGCCCAGUGUCUUUUCUUAAUUCUUUCAAAAGCAAUAUUUUUCGCUAAUACAAAUCAUUUAAUAAACUGUGUCUCUAAUUUUA